AAGCAACUAAUCAAAAAUGUUGGCUGGCCGGACUGGUUUGACUUCUCGGAUACAUCAAGUUUGGAUGCAUAUCACAAGCAUUACAAUCUAAUACAGAAAAUGGACGACUGGUGGGAAAUACGAGAAGCUCUUCAAUAUGCGUACCAACAAACUGAAAAUGUUGGAAUUCUGGAAAAAGAGCCGAACAGGAAAAAUUUCCUCAUGUCACCAGCAAUUUUCAAUGCCUGGUAUCAACCAAAUUUGAAUUCAAUAACAUUCCCAUAUGCUGCAUUUAAUCCGCCAUCAUACGGGUAUGGCUAUCCAAAAGCAUACAAUUAUGCUGGUCAAGGUUCCACGGCCGGUCAUGAGCUAACGCAUGGUUUCGAUGAUGAAGGUAACAUUUACGAAAUAAACAAAAAUAAAAUUCAAAGUGUGCAAUUUAAUGGCAUUGGGAAGCUGAACCCAUGCUAUUGGGACCGGUGUGGCUGGCUGGACAGUAAAUCUGCCAGUGGCUUCGUCGAAAUGGCUCAGUGCGUUGUGUCACAAUAUUCAGAGCAGUGCUGCCCUCUUAAAUCCGGAAAUGUGCGCUGUGCGAGCGGGGAACGUACCCAGGGCGAAAAUAUUGCCGACAUUGGAGGUCCGUCGAACUUCAAUACCUGUUUUUGUUUUGUAUCGACGUCUGCAAGUAUCUGA